AGCUGCGCGGCGUUCACGGCCCUGUUUCCCCGGCACGGCGCCAUCACCAGGUGGCUCUUCAGUCUGCAGGCGAGCGGUCCGGUGACAUGUCAGGAGACGGCAGCCAGAGGUGACCCCGAAACCAGAAUAAAUGCUUUCACUGCGGAGCGUCUCUGCGGCCAGUUUGGCUAAAGUUUUCAGAAGAUUGUCCACAAGAAGAAAGAGCACAGGAGGAAGACCUUCAGCUCCACUGGGUUCACGGAUUCUGACCAAUCCUGAUGACAUCUUUAAGCACAACAUGUGGGAUCAUGUUCAGUGGACGGAGGAAGACAAAGAAAAUGCACGGCAGAAGGCACAAGAAAAUUCCUCUGAACAUAUUCCUUUAAAUGAACAAGGUAAAUUUGACACAGAAGCUGACCGCUACUGGGACGAGUUUUAUGAGACGCACCAGAACAAGUUCUUCAAAGAUCGCAAGUGGCUGUUUUUAGAGUUCCCAGAACUACUUCCACCAGAUAGAGAAAGCCAAGAGGCGACCAAGCGACAGGUUGAUCAGCAGACAGAAAUCCUGCGACCUUCUGGAUCCAGCAUCAUCCAGCACCUAGAGAGCGGACACCAUCAACACAGUGUUCCCAUUCCCCAUCACAGACACCCCUCUGAUUAUCAGGCCUGUCUGGGAGGAUCGCUAGAACAAAAUGAAGACGUCAUACAGAUUUCUUCUUUCCCUGGACAACAUGCAUCUUUCAGAAUCUUGGAGGUUGGAUGUGGGGCUGGUAACAGUGUUUUUCCCAUUGUUAAUUCCAUAAAAGCAAAAGAUGCAUUUCUAUACUGUUGUGACUUCUCUUCACGUGCCGUCCAGAUCGUUCAGACCCAUCCAGACUAUGACGCCUCUGUGUGUCACUCCUUUGUCCAUGACGUUCGUGAGGAGACGGCCUCUUUUCCCUUCCCUCCGCAGAGCCUGGAUGUUAUUCUGGCCGUCUUUGUGCUCUCCUCCAUUCAUCCGGAGCGAUUGCAAGGAGUCGUGAACCGACUCUCUACAUACCUGAAACAUGGAGGGGUCUUCCUUUUCCGUGACUAUGGGAGAUAUGACCUCUCACAGCUCAGGUUUAAGAAGGGACGAUGCUUAUCAGAACAUUUCUACACACGAGGAGAUGGAACCUGUGUUUAUUUUUUCACAAAAGAAGAAAUCCAUGAUUUAUUUUCCAACGCUGGACUGGGAGAACUUCAGAAUGUGGAGGACAGGCGACUGAAAGUGAACAGAGGAAAGAAAGUUACAAUGCACCGGGUUUGGAUGCAGAGCAAGUACAGGAAACCACAUCCACCUCCGUCAUCCUGACCUCCCUCCAUGCAGAGUCCUUUUUAUAAACUUCACGGUUUAUUAAUUAAAUCCUGAUAACUGUAUUUUGUUUCUUCAAACGUAGUAUGUGUACAUCACCUUAACUGUACACAAUAAAAGUAUUAAUCAUGCUUUUAAACAAA